CUGUUAAACUCUUGUCUUUCAGAGCUGCUGCCUCAUCUCCUCAAGCCAUGGGGUUGUACAAACUGAAAGUAGCCACUGGGUCAGACCUGUCUGCUGGCACCUGUAAUAAUAUCUUCAUUGUUCUUGUGGGCAUAAAUGGAGAAAGUGAGAAACACCAAAUGCCCCGUCACUGGAGCCACUUUUUGCCUGAAUCUGUGGUAGAGUUUGAUAUAAAUGAAACAAAAGAUCUUGGAGAGCUCCUGCUUGUCCGGGUGUCUGUGGAGUCCUACUUAAAGUUCAUUCUAGAUGCCUGGUUCUGCCAAUAUGUCCAUGUUACCUGCCCCAAUGGUCAACAUUACCAGUUUCCAUUCUAUCAGUGGAUAACAAAACCUGACCCUGUGGAGAUCCCAGAGGGGAAAGGUGUUGUAAUAACUGGAGACACUCACCCUAGUCUCCUGAAACAAAGAAAGGCAGAGCUGGAGAUGAACCGAGAAACGCACAAGUGGAAGGUUUAUGCAGAAGGUGUCCCUCACUGCAUUGAUGUAGAAGAUGAUGAUAUAUUCAAGCUGCCUGCUAACGAUCAGUACUCUCUGCUAAAAGAGUACAGCUUUGGCUACAACCUUCUUUCCACUGGGUUUGAAGCAAUGCUUAAAGGAUUUCUGUUCAACGAGGAAUCAUGGCCUAACCUAGAAGACAUCCAGCUGCUGUCCGCUCUGCGAAAAUCGCGUAAUUCAGGGAUAGUGAGUGAGAUAUGGAAGGAGGAUUCUUUUUUUGGUAGCCAAUAUCUGAAUGGAAUUAAUCCCACACUGAUCAAGAAAUGCUUCAAGAUCCCAGGGAAUUUUUCAGUUGGUGAACAAAUGGUAGCCUCAUCUCUGGGGACUUCCACCAGUUUAGAGACAGAACUUCAGGAUGGACACAUCUUCAUAGCGGACUAUAAAAUUCUUGAGAAAAUUCCUACAAAUACAAUUAAAGAAAAGAAACAAUACCUUGCUGCUCCUAUGUGUCUACUGUGGAAAAAUCCUCAGGAUCAGCUUGUCCCAAUUGCCAUCCAGUUAUCUCAGACCCCUGGUGAACAUACUCCAGUCUUCCUGCCCAGUGACUCGCAAUUUGAUUGGUUACUAGCCAAGAUCUGGGUUCGUAAUGCUGACUUCCAGGUACAUGAAAUUGACGCUCACCUUCUCCGUACCCAUCUCUUAGCUGAGGUUUUCUCCAUUGCAACCAUCAGGCAACUUCCAUUGGGGCACCCAGUGUAUAAGCUGCUGAUUCCACAUUUUCGCUACACACUGGAAAUAAAUGUUCUGAUGAGGAAGCGGCUCAUUGGACACAAAGGUCUCUUUGAUCAAGCUGUGGUGACUGGAAAUGGAGGGGUUCCAGUACUCCUAAAGAAGGCCAUGAAAGGGGUAACCUAUUGUAGCCUGUGUCUUCCUGAUAACAUAGCAAGUAGAGGAAUGGAUUCCAUCCCAAACUACUUGUACAGGGAUGAUGGCAUGAAGAUCUGGUCAGCUGUGGAGAGUUUUGUUUCCAACAUUAUUAAUUACUACUACACAAGUGAUAUGAUGGUCAUGGAAGACCCUGAACUUCAGGCCUGGGUGGCUGAGAUCUUCAAGGAAGGAUUUCUUCAAAAUAAGUCUUCAGAACUUCCAUCUUCCUUUGGGUCCACUGCCUCUCUGAUCAACUACCUGACUAUGGUGAUCUUCACAUGUUCUGCCCAGCAUGCAGCUGUCAAUAAUGGUCAGUAUGACAUCUAUUCUUGGAUGCCCAAUGGCCCCACCACUAUGAGGAGUCCCCCACCUACUGCUAAAGGUGCAACAAUGCAAGUUAUUCUAAAGACAUUGCCAGAUCUCAACACUACAGCUCUUGGCAUGACCACUGUAUGGACACUCGGCAAUGAGCCCUCAGACAGGAGGCGUCUUGGAAACUACCAUAACAUACAUUUUACAGAAAAGACCCCACAGCAGUUCAUUAAGGAAUUUCAGGUUAAACUGGCUGAGAUUUCCAAAUUCAUACAGGAGAGAGACAAGACUAUGCAUCUGCCCUAUCCCUACCUUGAUCCCAGUGAGAUAGAGAACAGUGUCUCUAUCUAAUUUCAGAAUUGGUGGUUCAACUAAUGGGCGCAUCUUUGUGGGUUUUUUCUCUUAUCUCCUUUUUUUGGUAUUGGUACAGCAUUGAUAUUGGCAAUAUAAAAAACCCACAAAAGUGGGAUCUUUGAAAACAUGAAGGUUAACUUGCAUAAGUAAUAAAAAAAAAAUGGUGUGUGUAUAUA